AUGUUUGACACCACAUCUGAUCAGGAUCCAGCGGUCAGAAAGUAUGACCUUCGCAGCGUUAGGCAUGUCUUGUGUGGUGCCGCACCACUCUCCCCCGAAAUGAGUUCGUUGCUGUUAGACCUCUUCCCGGAAGCGCAGGUGGGGCAAAUAUACGGAUUGACGGAAACGGCUACCACAAUAUCUAUGCUACCUGCCCGACAAGCUCGAGGUCCGCUUGGAAGUGUCGGGCAGCUUUUACCAGGUGUCCGCGCCAAAGUUGUGAAAGACGACGGAUCUUUGGCUGCCGCCGGUGAACCCGGCGAGCUUUACGUCUCUAGCCCUUCUCUUGCCUUGGGGUACCACAAUGACGAUGCCGCGACUAGAGACGUCUUUAUUAACGAAUGGGUCAAGACCGGCGACCAGGUCCUCAUUUCCCCCGAAGGCGAAUUAUACAUUCUCGACAGAAUAAAAGAGAUGAUUAAAGUUAAGGCGUUUCAGGUCGCGCCCGCUGAGCUAGAGGGAUGUCUUCUAGAGCAUCCGGAUGUUCUUGAUUGUGCUGUUGUAGGCACACCAGAUGCCUACAGCGGGGAGGUGCCUUUUGCAUACGUCGUGCUUACAGCCGAUGCUCGCCAGCGGCUGAAAGAAGAUGCAUCUGAAUUUGGGAGUAAAGUCAGGUCGUCUAUUAUGGCCCACGUAGCUGCCCGUAAAAGCCGCUACAAGCAGAUUCGUUAUGUAGAGUUCCUAGACGCUAUACCCAAGACGCCCAGUGGAAAGAUUCUGCGCCGGAAGCUAAGAUCCAGGUUACACCGGUGCUUUCUACUACCGAACGCAAAAUUGUAA